AUGUCGUGGAAACUCACCAAGAUUACUGACAUUCUCCCCUGCAAAGAGCUUAAGGAGACGCAUCUCGCACCUCUAGCCAACUCGUUUGGGAGGUCAUCCUCGACCUCUACCAUUAAACCUGAUGCUGCUCCUGCAGAAGACAACACCCAAAUUCCUGUUGCGCUUUCUCCAAGCCUAAAUGGCAUUGCUGCCUCAGAGGCUCUAGUCUCUCCUCCUGUUGCUCCAGCUAAGCCCGGUAUUCUCAUUAUUACGUUACACGAGGGGAAGGGCUUUUCGCUCUCACCACACUACCAACAGGUGUUCAAUUCCCAUUUCCAAAAUUCAAUCUCAGGCAACAAUAGCUUCGCGGGACCUACUUCUAUCAGACCCACCUCAUCCUCAUCCCAUUCUACUCAGGGGACAGUCACUAGCUCUUAUGCACAAUCCAACCGACCUCAGUCGACGAGUGGCGGUAUCAAUGCUGCACCUACAAUCCAUGGUCGAUAUUCCGCCAAAUACCUUCCGUAUGCUCUUUUGGAUUUUGACAAGCAGCAGGUUUUCGUCGAUGCUGUAUCAGGGACUCCAGAAAACCCUCUUUGGGCUGGUGACAAUACCUCUUUCAAGUUUGAUGUCUCUCGUGUGACUGACCUCAACAUUCAACUCUAUCUUCGGAACCCUGCCGCUAGGCCAGGUGCUGGCAGAAAUGAAGAUGUAUUUUUGGGUGCUUGCAGAAUUAACCCGAGAUUCGAAGAAGUUCAUCCAUUUGUGGAGGAUCCGAAGGCAAGUAAGAAGGACCGCGAAAAGGCUGCUGCAGCACACGCAGAACAGGAGCGUCAAAUGGGACAGGCAGGCACGGAAUGGACAAACUUGCAAUUCGGUACCGGUGCAAUCAAAAUUGGCGUGUCGUUUGUUGAAAACCAGCAGAGAAGCCUUAAAAUUGAAGACUUUGAACUUCUGAAAGUCGUGGGCAGAGGAAGUUUUGGAAGAGUCAUGCAAGUCAGGAAACGCGAUACCGGUCGUAUCUAUGCGAUGAAAACUCUACGCAAAGCCCACAUCAUUUCUCGGUCCGAAGUGGCGCAUACAUUGGCUGAGAGAUCAGUGCUCUCUCAGAUAAAUAACCCCUUCAUCGUCCCUCUCAAAUUCUCGUUCCAAUCCCCAGAAAAGCUAUAUCUCGUUUUGGCCUUUGUCAACGGCGGUGAACUGUUCUAUCAUCUCCAAAAAGAACAACGUUUCGAUAUCAACAGGGCCCGUUUUUACACAGCCGAAUUGAUCUGUGCUCUAGAGUGCCUCCACGGUUUUAAAGUCAUCUAUCGUGAUCUUAAACCAGAAAAUAUUCUGCUGGAUUACACGGGCCAUAUUGCCCUGUGCGAUUUUGGAUUGUGUAAGCGCGAUAUGAAAGAUGAAGACCGGACGAAUACGUUUUGUGGUACUCCUGAAUAUCUCGCUCCCGAGCUUUUACUUGGGGAGGGAUACACAAAGUCUGUGGAUUGGUGGACGCUCGGAGUCCUCUUGUACGAAAUGUUGACAGGACUUCCACCAUUUUACGAUGAGAAUACGAAUGAGAUGUACCGCAAAAUCCUCCAAGAACCGCUUACUUUCCCAAGCCAAGAUAUUGUUCCUGGCGCGGCUAGAGAUCUUCUUACUAGGCUCCUUGAGCGUGAUCCAGACCGCCGACUUGGAGCAAAUGGUGCCGCUGAAAUCAAAGCACAUCACUUCUUUUCCAACAUUGAUUGGCGCAAGCUUCUGCAGAGAAAAUAUGAGCCGAGCUUUCGUCCUCAUGUGGUUGAUGCCGACGAUACCGUAAAUUUCUCUGAAGAAUUCACGCGCGAGGCUCCUGUAGACUCGCGCGUGGAGGGGUCUGUUCUUUCUCAAACCAUGCAACGACAGUUCGAAGGCUGGUCCUACACUCGACCAGUUGCUGGCCUUGGCGACGCCGGAGGAAGCGUAAAGGACCCAUCUUUCGGAAGUAUUCCUGAAUGA